CCUCCAGAGCACAAGGUCAUCAUCGUGGGACUGGACAAUGCAGGGAAGUCCACCAUCCUCUACCAGUUCCUGAUGAACGAGGUGGUCCACACGUGUCCCACCAUCGGCAGCAACGUGGAGGAGGUUGUUCUGCGGAAGACCCACUUUCUCAUGUGGGACGUAGGGGGCCAAGAGGCGCUGCGCUCCACCUGGAACACAUACUUCUCCAACACGGAGUUCAUCAUCCUUGUGAUCGACAGCACGGACCGGGACCGGCUGCUGACCACUCGGGAGGAGCUGUACAAGAUGCUGGCCCAUGAGGCUCUGCGAGAUGCUUCUGUCCUGAUCUUUGCCAAUAAGCAGGAUCUGAAGGACUCCAUGACCACCGUGGAGAUCUCCCAAUUCCUCACCCUUAGUGCCAUCAAAGACCACCCAUGGCACAUACAGGGCUGCUGUGCCCUCACCGGGGAAGGGCUGCUUGCUGGGCUCCAGUGGAUGCAAUCUCGGGCCACUGCCAACUGAUGUCCCAGUCGGAGGCCAACCAGGAACUUCAGGGUUUAGCAUGGACGACUUGGGUGGAAAACCCAAGUGACUAUUUAUUACUUUUCUACGAUUCUCUCUCUGGUGGGAGUAGGCACAGCGAUGGACAGUGAGAAGCCACUGCCCACCUAACUCCCCACAGAGGAGCUAGACUGUAUACCCCGAAUUGCUGCAGACAGGACAGCAGGUGAAGCUGCCCCGCACUCCAGGGAAGCAGGCGUCCUUCUUGGAGACGCCGGGAGAUGUUGGGUGGGUUAGGGAGUGGAGCCUCCUCCCCUCAGUUCCGUAGGAAAAAUGGAGGGGCAGAGUAAGAGACAGGCUUUCUUUCCUAGAACCCUCCCCACCUCCACCCUCCACCCUAAACCCCUCACCCCCACCCCAGUUUUCUGGCCCCUCAGCCAUCUUUGGGCAAAGGAUAUUCUAGAAGGUAAAGGGAGUGGGCUCAGGGGAAGGAAGGCAGACCCAAAAGCAGCUGGGAAGGGAGAGGGAGUGGGACUGGGAACAAUUCUUGGCACUGCAGGGAGUUCCACUCCUCCCACCUUCCCAUUCCCUGAGGUGCUGGCUCGGCUCCGACCACAGCUUUUGCGCUUAAAGCCACACCAACUAUGCCCUUAACUCCCAGUGUCCUUCCAAUGUAAAUCCCACUCCUGCCAAGUGACCCAGGUUUCCAGAGAACCCGUGUAUCUUGUUUGUCUUUUUGUAUUGAUUUUGUUUUGCAUUGUAUUAGAGUUUUAAAUUUUUUUAUAAAGGUGUAA